UGGAGUGUGUGACCAGAGUCAGAGCUCUGCAGGCAGCGCAGCAUGAGGGAGCUGAACAGAGACAGGGAGGGAGGGGCUGGCACAGCUGGAAGUAAGAAAGAGAAGGACCAGAGCUGGAUUCCCAAGAUCAUUAAGAGACGAGUGUGCACCACGUUUGUCGAGGACUCUUUCAGUAAUGGAGCGCUGUGUCAGUGUGGUGGAGUGCAGGAGGGUCACGACUCUGUGGCCACAGCAGACUUCUUUGGCUCAGCGAUUGUCACUCAGUGGGAGAGCAGACAUCACUCCUCAGAGAGCUCUACUGACGCCUUUGGAGAGGUGCAGUUCGCUGGUGCUGGACGCAGACACAGUCAUUUUCUGCGCCUGUCAUGUGACACACCACCUCAAAUCAUCUACACCCUGAUGACGGCGCACUGGGGCCUGCCUUCUCCUAACCUGGUGGUGUCUGUGGUUGGAGGUGAGGGCCAUGGAAAGAUGAAAACAUGGGUGAGGGACAUUCUGAGGAAUGGACUGGUCCGGGCUGCACAGAGUACAGGAGCGUGGAUCUUAACCGGGGGUCUGAGGGAGGGCGUGUCCCGCUGUGUGGGUGAGGCGGUGAGGGACCACGCCGCUGCAGCUCCUGCGCUCUCCCAAAAAAAAGUGAUAGCUGUGGGAGUGGCUCCCUGGGGCUUGGUGCACAACAGGCAGCAGCUCAUCAAUCCCAAGGGGAGUUUUCCCGCCCGCUACUACGUUCAGAACACGUCCCGUGACUCCUGCUGCCUCGACAACAACUGUCAGGCUUUCCUCCUGGUGGAUGAUGGGAGUGUUGGCCGUCGCGGGGGAGAAGUGGCCUUCCGUGCCAGUCUGGAGGACUACAUUUCCCAUCAGAGAACUGGCAUUUGGGGCAGCGGCAGCAUUGAAAUCCCAGUGCUGUGCCUGCUCAUCUCAGGAGACGUCAACAUGCUGGAGAGGGUAAAUGCCUCUCUGAGGAAAGCCACGCCCUGGCUGGUUCUUGCUGGUUCUGGACCAGCUGCAGACUUCAUCAGUGAGCUACUGGGCAAUCUCUGCCCUGUUACCCUCAGUCCCACCUCUCCUCCAGCAGAUGGCGAUGCUGCUCAGGCUUUGGGCACAGAGCACCGCGAGAGGGUCCGUGAGAAGGUUUGGAAGCACUUCCCAGUUGAAGAUAAGCUGGAGAAAGUGGUGGACACUGCUCUGAGUAUUUAUCAGAGCAGAGACCUCAUCACGGUGUUCCAUGGGAAUCAGGAGGGUUUGGAUGAUUUUGACACAGUUCUCCUCAGAGCUCUGGUUAGAGCUAGUAAACGUACAUGCAGUGAAGCGAGUGAGUGCACUGAAGAGCUGAAACUGGCCGUGGCCUGGAAUCGAGUGGACAUCGCCAAAACUGAGCUCUUCAAUGGAGACAUACAGUGGAAGUAUGAGGACCUUGAAGACUCCAUGACAGAUGCACUGAUCAAUGACAAGCCGCAGUUUGUGCGUCUCUUCUGUGAGAACGGUCUGAAUAUCCUGGACUACCUGACGUACCAGCGCCUGGAGAGCUUGUACCGCUCCUUAUCGGACAGUUCGCUGGCCUACGUGCUGCUCCAGAGGCACCUGAGUGAGAGGCAGGGUCUGGCCGGGUCCCAGCACAGCCUGGCCAGAUCUGUGACCGGUCCCCUCAAGAGUCCACUGUGUGGACUAACUGGACCUGCCUCAGCAAUGGAACUCAGUCUGUAUGAGGUUUCCCGUCUGCUGUGGGAUCUGCUGGGUGAUGUCUGUCUGCCUUUCUACUACGGACCUCUUGGCCUGGACACCAGCACCACCACCAGGAGAACUCUGAAGCAAGUUAAUAAGAUGCUGCUGGGGGAGUGCAUGUACCGGAACCAGCGCUGCCUCUCACCUUGGGCCGCUCUCUUCAUCUGGGCUGUUCUGCAGAACCGCAGGGAAAUGGCUCUGUACUUCUGGGAGAUGGCAGGAGAACCUGUGCUCAGCGCUCUGGGCGCCUGUAAGAUGCUGAGAGAGCUUUCCAAGCUGGAGAGCGAGACUGAGAACAAGCUGGCCAUGAAGGAACUAGCACAGAUGUUUGAGAACCUGGCGCUCGAUGUUUUCAGUGAGUGUUACCAGAACAGUGAGAGCCGCGCCUUCACUCUCCUUAUAAGGAAGUCUUUAGUGUGGGGCGGAGCAACGUCUCUGCAAAUGUCCACCGUGGCGGACGCUCGACUGUUCUUCAGCCAUGACGGUGUUCAGUCUCUGCUCUCUCAGAUCUGGUGGGGCGACAUGGAGAGAAACACUGAGGUCUGGAAACUGAUCCUCACCUUUUUCCUGCCCCCCGUCCUCUACACCAACCUCAUCAGCUUCAGGGAACAGGAAGAGGAGGUCUGGUCUGAGGAGAUCCAUCAUGGCAGAGACACUGACAGUCUGGAUGGGAAUGAUUGCACUGUCUUCUCCCUCGCUGACAUUAUACAGAAUGAUGAAGAGGCAGAAGAGUUCAGGGAUCUAAAAGAAAAGCUGAAAGGUUCUUUGCCAACUAACACCAGGAGGCCGUUUUUUGUAUCUCGGUGGAGACAGUUCUGGUUCGCCCCCGUCACCUGUUUCCUCGGGAAUGUGCUCAUGUACUUCCUCUUCCUCUGCCUGUUUGCGUAUGUUCUGUUGGUGGACUUCAAGCCUUCGCCUCCUGACGGUCCAGCACCUCUGGAGUUCCUGCUUUACUUUUGGGUUUUCACCUUAGUGUGUGAAGAGAUUCGGCAGACCUUCUUUGUAGGCAGUACCUUCAUCCUCCAGAGGAUGAGGAACUACAUCCAGGAUGUGUGGAACAAAUGUGAUCUGACAGCCAUCACUCUCUUCAUUGUCGGCCUGUGCUGCAGAUUGACACCAUGGUCGUAUAAUUUUGGACGAGCGGUUAUGGCCAUAGAUUUUAUGGUCUUCACACUACGUCUGAUCCAUAUCUUUGCCAUCCACAAACAACUUGGGCCCAAGAUCAUCAUUGUUGGGAAAAUGAUGAAGGACGUUUUCUUCUUCUUGUUUUUCCUGGCUGUGUGGCUUAUGGCCUAUGGAGUGGCCAAUCAGGCCCUCCUCUACUCAUAUGAUCCCCGCCCCAACUGGAUAUUCCGCAGAGUAUUCUACAGGCCAUACCUGCACAUCUUUGGUCAAAUACCGAUAAACGAAAUGGAUGCUGACAAACUUGUCCAAGUAAACUGUACAAAUGACGCCACAGAAAUUGAAGCAGGAGAAGAGCCCUGUAUGAGCACUUAUGCUAACUGGCUGGUUGUCAUCCUCCUUGUCAUCUACCUGCUGUUCACCAACAUUGUGCUGGUCAACCUUCUCAUUGCUAUGUUCAGCUACACCUUCUCCAAAGUUCAGGAACGCAGUGACACCUACUGGAAGUUUCAGCGUUACAACCUGAUUGUAGAGUACCAUUCGAGGCCAUGUCUAGCACCACCCUUCAUCAUCAUCUCACACCUUCAUCUUUUCAUCAAGAGACACAUCCGUCGCAUCUCUUCAGUCAAGAGCAAACACUUUGUUCUGGAGCUGCGGGGCAGAAAGGCCAGUCGCCUUAACACAUGGGAGGCGAUCCAGAAAGAAAACUAUCUCUCAGCUCAGAGCAAGCGGCAGAGAGAGACUGACACAGCUCGCCUAAAACGUACAUCUCUCAAGGUGGACAGUGUGCUGAAACAGAUGACAGAGAUCCGUGACCACGACAGACGGCUCCGGCUGCUGGAGACAGAGCUGGAGUACUGCUGCAGCGCCCUCUCCUGGAUGACUGAAGCUCUGUUUCAGAGUAACCUGAUAAAGGCUGAUCAUCCUCCUCCCCUUCUAAGAGAUUUGACUCCAGUGUCACCAAGCUGAUUCCCUGAACUCCAGGAUUAGACAUACUUGGAGCCACUGUGACAAAGUUGUACCGUAGGGAAAACAUGUAUAUUUAUUUACACAAAUAUUGUUUUAUGUAAAAAUACAUUUUCUCACAGUAGUGUCAUCAUGUAUCUGCUACAAUCCCUUUGAUCCAAUAAUGAUAUUAGAUCCAAUUACACCUGUAUUACAGUGGAUUACAAGAAACUUGUCUGCUAGCUGUACCUGCUAAGUAAGGGUGUGUUAAUAAGAACAAUAAUAAUAAUAAUAAUAAUAAUGACCAGCAGGUGUGUAAAUAUCACAACCGCAAACACCGCAACACAAAACAUUGAGUUGUGAUAUUUGCAGCGCCCUGACCUCUCGGGGCCACCUUAAUAUAUAGGCUCAGCAGGUAUCACUUUUUUUUUCAAUACACAUUUAGGGGUUUGAGCUACAACCUCCAGAUAGUAUUGUGCCACUAUAUGUGUGUGAAGCUCUGACUAGAGUAACUUAGCUCUAUAAUUUCAGAGAUUUACCACUGACUGCAGUAUCUUCACAUAGCAAAACCAUGUUAGCGGUGCCAUCUGUUCAGGUAUCGCAGUUCACAAUUUUACAAUUGUUUUUUUGAUGACAUAGUGUACAAGUGUUUGCGUUCGUUAAAUGGAAUUGCCAUAUUUUUUGGUGAGUUUUGUAUGCAAAUACAACUUUUAAUAACAAAA